AUGUUGACACAUAAGCGAUAUGCUAAGAAGAUACUAGAAGAAGCGGGAAUGAGAGACUGUAAUCGAACACUCACACCAAUGGAAUCUGGCCUAAAAUUGUCAAAAGCUGAAGAAGAAGAGGAUAUCGAUGCUACAAGCUAUAGGAAAAACAUUGGUUGUCUUCGUUAUCUAGUUCACACUCGACCAGAUUUGACCUAUUGCAUCAGAGUACUGAGUAGGUAUAUGCAAGCUCCUAAGGUUUCACAUGGUGCGGCUAUGAAGCAGGUUUUACGGUAUUUGCAGGGUACGGAACAUUGGCGAUUGAAGAAGUCAAUAAUUGGAUUCAAGUAUGUACCGGAUCACAAAGGUAAGACACUCGCCAAUACUCUUCUACAAUGUCUUGCUGACUGGGGGAUAGAGAAUGUGUUUACUGUGACUGUAGAUAAUGCAACUGCUAAUAGCAAUGCUCUGGGUGAGUUUCAGUCUACCUUCUCUCUAAUUAGAGCAGAUUCUCUAGUGUUGAAUGGAGAUUACAUGCAUAUGAGAUGUGCUGGGCAUAUUAUAAACUUGAUAGUUAGGGACGGUAUGGCUGAAAUGGAUAGUAGUGUUACUGCAGUCCGCAAAGCUAUAUCUUAUGUCAGAUCAGGACCAAAUAGGAGAAAGGCCUUUGAGAUGCGAGUGGAAACUGGUAGAUUCACGAAGGGUAGUUUGCCUCUAGAUGUAACCACUAGAUGGAAUUCGUCAUAUUUGAUGUUGACAAGAGCAAUUAAGUUCCAAGGAGCUUUUGAUAGGAUGGAUAUGGAAGAUAAGCUUUACAAUGAUUAUUUCUUAGAGUAUGAGAAUGGAGAAAAAAGGAUAGGACCUCCUUUGAUGAAUGAUUGGCGUAAGAUAGAAAGAUUUGUUAAGUUUCUUAAUGUUUUCUAUCAGGCUACAUUGGUAGUUUCUGCUUCCACUACUUUGAAUGCACAUAAGUGCUAUAGUGAGAUAGUAAACAUUGCAAUGAAGCUUCAGUUACUCUGCCUUAAUAGUGAUACUGAUGUGAAGGUUAAUGCCGAGAAGAUGUAUAAGAAAUCUGACAAAUAUUGGGAUGGCAUUCAGAACAUAAACAUCAUGUUGAUAAUUGCUAGUGUCUUUGAUCCGAGAAAGAAGAUGGAGUUUGCAAAUUUGUGUUUUGUGGAGCUUUAUGGAGAAGAUAGUACAACUGCUAAGGGGUUGAAUGAAUCAGUUUUGAUUGUCAUGCGUGUAAUGUAUAAGGAAUAUAGUGAACGAUAUGUUGAAUCAACAUCUCAAGCAUCGAGUCAGUCUGAAUCAUCAUCUCAGUUUAAUGAAGUGAGGCAAACAGAUGGGUUAUUCGAUUCAAUGGAAGAUGAAUUUGAUGGUUAA